CAGGUUUGUUUUGUAUCAUUUGAAUUUGUCAUUGUCAAUGUCAAACGACACACUGUAUGAAGAUCUUGUCCACAAAAAAUACUUUUUUUGUCCACGACGCACUGUAGAAUCCCAAGCCCAACUUAUGAAAAUUUUUUGGACCUGUAUACAAUUUUGAAAUUCAAAUUUUCGUUUUUCUAACCUCUGCUCCGUCUGCAAAAUGAAGUUGAAGGAUACUGUCUCAUCAAGGCCGUGGAAGAUGCGGGCAGUGUUUGUGCUCGUUUUUGGAUAUCUGCAGUUCGAUUCUUCUUGCCAUGCAUGGGCUGCGGUGCUUGUACCUGCACAAUCUUCCGAUUCCGAGGUGCGCAACCGGAAGAGGUCUGGGUCUCUGACGCGCUUGGGAGAAGAUGUGACACCCCGAGAUUCGCGAUAUAAUGCAAACUCCCCGGAGCAAGCAGGGGGUACUAGUGGUAUGGCCGGGUGGGCAACUGCAGCUGACCCCAAGAUGCCAGUGCUGCCCACGGACGGUGGUACGGGGUCCGCAUCCUCCUCGAUUCCAGCGGCACGAGCAGCGGGUUCCACUUACGCGUUUGCUGACGCAGCCUCGCCUGUGAGUCCUCCUUAUCCAACUCCUACUGACCAAAAACCGAGACCAGUGCCUGCGUUGAAAGUCCUACCGGGCGAUAUCAACAAAAAGUCAAAGUGCCCGGUCACUCGCCUCUGUUCCGCACUCGGCACGGCGCGCGGCGUCUGCGCCGUUCUGUACCGGUUGUUCUGCCUAUCUGUAGCCUACGUACCGGGCAAGGUCAUUUCCCGUGUUACCGGAAAUCCGAAGUCCAUUCUUCGGCCGUGGCCGCUGCGCACCCUUGCGGACACCGUAAAGGGCUUUCCCUUCGGUCUGGACUUGCAAGUCGAAAUGAGCAGACAGGACUACGAGACGAUCGUAGCCGAGCUUGGCCACGACGUCAAAAGACAAGCGGAAAUUGCUGCAGCUGCAAGCUUUAGCCAGGUGAGAACGAGAUGAUACGGACUGCGUGUAGUUGUGGGUUUUUCUCCAUGAGAUGCAAAAUCGAUAGCAGGCUAGGAAAAUAGAAUUGCAACACCACUUGCAUGUAAGAAAACCAAUUCAACAACAAUUCGACUGACAGGAGCUCGACCUGACGAAAGCCGGUGAAGCCACUUUAAGGGUCGACUUCCCGAUUCCGGAAGUGGUCGAUUCACGCGAGGACAUAUACUCCGGUUUGUACGACGACCGCAGCGGUACUCGGCAAAUCUGGAUCAACCGCGAGAAGCCGGAGCUGCAGCUGGUCCGAAAGUUUUUCGGUGCGGGGUACGAGCUGUUUCACUAUCCGACGGUUGAGCAGAUCGCUGCCGAAGGCGAAGACGCCGUGCCGCACGACAGCAACACCGAAGCGAAUCAGAGAGUAAUUAUCCGCGCGCCACAAGUGGAACACGUAGCAACGUACGACACACAAAAUGGUGUGUGGAAUGUGAAAAAAAUCUUCGAAGGAAGCCCCAAAGGAGCUUCUUCCACACCGAUAAAGUGGUCCGCCGGAGUCCGGCCUGCGCACGUGUGUCGUGCUGCGCAGGAGGGGGCGGAAGGUUCUUCAUGCCAUAAGCAGGUGGUCCGCAUCGGACCAGAGUACCCGGAGAUACAGCGGCUCUUUGUUUGGGAACUGAUGAAACGGGCCACGAUUGCGGUUCCCAACCACGUUUCGCAGUUGGACCCGGUAAAUCGUCAGAUUGUGAUUGUGAUUUCCAGUUGCAGUUGGAACAGCUUGCCUAAAAUUCUUUUAGACCCGCGACAUGCCUCUCAUGUACAGCUUUUUUGAAAGAGCCCCGGCUGCUCCUCGCUGAAACUAAGGAUUUGAAUAACAUCGAUCAAAACAGCUCCUUCUCAUGUGCGUGGGCUGGUCACAGGAUGAGAAGACUCGGCAGGUCCAGGGUCCGCGUUUUAUCUCCCACCACGGGGUCAAGGACUACCCCAUCUUCGGUUCGGUCUGCUCGGAACUAAACGGAAUUUUCGUCGACCGGAACAGCCCCGAGUCGAAGAAGAAGUGCAGCGAAGCGAUCCGCAACCACUGUGCCGAUUGGGUGUACAACGCGAAUGUGGGCUUGAGCGAGGACCAGCGCCCGCUGGUGAUCUUUGCGGAAGGCGGUUUGUCCAAUGGGAAGUCACUGAUGCCGCUUCGCUCCGGAGCGUUUCUGGAUGCGCAAGCGAAAGUUCGACUGGUGUUGUUGCACUUUGAAAAGCCCGGAUUGGCCGAAGUGCUGUAUUACGCACCGAAGGUAAGAAGUACAAUGUAUGAUGACCUAUUUUUUGCGUGCUUACUUACUUGAUUAGUAGCACGAAGCAGGAUAUUUCAUGAUGAUGAUGAUGAUGACGAUGAUGAUGGAGCCCCUGCCAUGCUGCGUGAAAAAUUGGAAUUGCACCUACUUCUCUACUACCUUCUCACCACGUUCUGCUUCAGGAUGCUCCUCUACCAGCGGAGCCCGAUUCCGCUGAUGUGCCAGCGUGGGACGGUGGUCGCGUUGUAGUUAGGAAAGCCGCGGACGUUUCACGCGUCGACGAAGAGGAGAUCGUCCCGUCAGAUGACCCGGAUGUAUCUGCCGAAUCCGGGAUGGACCACACGGGCGCACAAGGAGGUGAUGGAGUAGCAAAACCAAUCGACCACGAGGACGCACUGGCGCGGCGGCUGCGGAACAACUUACUCAAGGGUCGGCAAGUCUACGACAAUCCUGAGGAGCUGCAGCGCGUGGGUACGGGCGAAUGGUUUAACCAGCGGGUGCUGCGCGAACUCCCCCGGUCGGGUCGCCGAGUAGUGGUUCUAAAGUUCUUGCCGCUCCAGCAGCCAGAGCGGGGAGAGUCGUCCCUAGCUUUUCAGCAGCGGGUGGAACACCUAAUGAAGACGCAAUAUGCCGAGUUGUCGGAAAGGCAAGACCGGGACGGGAAAAGUUCGAGCUCAGACGCAGGAGAUGUAACACUGAAGAAGAAAGGGAAGGCAUAGCGAAGAAACAAGCGAUAGGCCACGCACUGUGCGAGCCUGUUUUGAUAAAAUAUGUUCCUUGUGAUCCGGUAUAAAGAUGGAAGUGCAGCCUUACUGCAUGGAAGUCAAAGUGGUGAUUGACAUUGAUGUGAGAAGUGUAGUUUUGACAAUCUUGAUCAUGUCGCAAGGCAUGAAGCCACUGGAUUUCUUCGGCAGCCUUCUAAAUUUUUAGAUCGAGCCGAAAUUCUCAGGGCGGCUCAUAUGGUAGUCACUCUUGUAGAUCUUCUGGUGCAAGAGUAGAUCUUUGGGAAUACUGGAACAAUGAUUAAGUCAUUUUGUGCAUGGGCGUACUUGCAAGCACUGAUGCUGAGAAUAAAGGUCUGAUAAAGCUACUGUUGUCAACAUAAUCAUGCCCGCAAGGAUGUAAAAUACGUAUUCGUAUUCGAUUUCGAAGAAUGAUUGGUCAACCCGCUGUGCCGUACUUGCCUACUUAUACAAUUAUUUGCUGCACAAGGAAAAUGAAUCUUGAAAAAACGCUGUCGUGUGGUAGUUGCUGAACCUUAU